AUGAAAUCAAAUUCUGAAAAUCACAAAACAUUUAAUAUGUUCAAGUUUGUAUUAGAUAAACUUGGUGUAAAUCAACAACAGCAGCAACAGCAACCAUCAACGCAGCAGCUGAAACAUAAUAACAAUCAACAACAACAACUACAACCACAAAACAAACAAAAAGAAAACAAUGAUAUAGUUGAUGAUCUUUCACAAUUCCUUCAUUCAAUGAAUGUAAAUAAAUCACAGAGUGAUUUAGAUUUAAUGUUGACAAUCAUUAGUGAUAGAGUUAAUAAAUCAGAGUAUUUAGAUGCAUACAACAGGUUGAAACAAUUGGUGUUUAUCACGAUCGAUCAGUUGGUCGGUGGUGCUGUCAAUGCUAGCACUGACAGCGCUACCUAUAAUCAAUUACAGAACAGCUAUCAACUGCCAUCCAUAAACAAACUAGAAGAUCUCUACCAAUUGGUCAGAAUGAAAUCACAAGAAAUACUGAGAGGCAAUCAAGAUUCAAAAGUAAUCUUAGAGCUAUCAUCCAUUCUAUCUAUAUUACAACAAGUUAGAUAUUUAUUAUUAAAUAGAAAAUAUAUACAACAACAACAACAACAAAUUCAGCAACAAUCAUCAACUAAUGAUAAUGAUAAUAAUAAGAAAAUAGUUAAUCAACAAAUUGAAAUGCAUGAAGAGGAUGAAGGAUUACAAAUCUAUUGUCAAUAUCAAUCAAAGAUGAUACAGAUGGAGAUUCAACCGGUUGAGUUCGAUCGUUAUUGGCAGUGGAACAGUAUCAUCCUCGAAAAGAAUAGAAAAUACAGAUUGAAACAAUGGGAUAUCUCUAAACUUGCAAUACUACUACAUAAUCAGUCUUCAAUGUAUUUGGAUCAAAUCUACACAAUAUUAUUAGAUAGAAUUAAAGAUCAAAGUUUAUUAAAUAGCUUUACAGAGGCAAAUAGUAAAUUAGAAGAUUUAAUUAUUGCAUUUGAAUUCAAUCAACCGAUGGUGGAUUCCUAUCAAUAUCUCUUGGCUGUUGACGAACUUUUGAAUGGAUUAUCAGCAAUCUCUGAGAUUUCAUUUAAAUAUUCAAGCUUUAUAUUGGAUCAUUCUUCUACUUCUAAAAUAAUUGAAUUGAAUUCAUUAAAGAGUAGAGUACAAGAGAUUAUGAAUCAUUAUAUAUCUUUGGAGACACAGUAUUUCCAAUUAUCAUUCUCUGUUGCCAUCUAUUUGGAUGAUGUUGGACAUCUCUUGAAGCUGUUAAAGUAUCCGGGUAUUGCUGGUACACCACAGAGCAACCUACUGCCACCGCCUAUCAACAAAACCAUCAAGGAUAUCGAAACCUCCUCAAAAAUUGACGAUAUCUUUUUUGUAUUUAGAAAGGUUGUCAGUAGAUCUCUAGCAUCGCUUAGUUCACCAAGUGUUUGUGCAACCAUCAAUGUAACAUCAUCAAAUUUCGAUUCAAUAUUUAUACCUGUAAGUACUGCAUCAGUAGAGUAG